AUGUCAUCCGUUAAGAUCGAGUGCGUGGCCAGCGAGGGCUACAGGAUUGGAGAGUCGCCCGUCUGGGAUGAGAAGGAAAGCGCGCUCCUCUGCGUGGACAUCACUGGUAGAAAGGUGUGCCGCUGGAGCUCCGUCACCAAGCAGAUCCAGGCCAUCUCUGUGGAUGCUCCCGUGAGCUCCGUGGCUCUCCGGAAAUCUGGGGGUUACGUCAUCACCCUGGGAACAAGGUUUGCUGCUUUGAAAUGGAACGAGCAGCUGGUAACCACCAUUACUCACGUGGACAAGGAUAAACCAAACAACCGAUUCAAUGAUGGGAAAGUGGAUCCUGCAGGGAGGUACUUCGCAGGGACCAUGGCUGAGGAGAUUCGACCUGCCGUGCUGGAAAGACACCAGGGCUCUCUGUAUUCCCUCCACUCCGACCUCUCAGUGGUGAAACACUUUGAUCAGGUGGACAUUUCUAAUGGGCUGGACUGGUCGCUGGACCACAAAACCUUCUUUUACAUUGACAGCUUGUCCUACUCAGUGGAUGCCUUUGAUUAUGAUCUCCAAACUGGAAAAAUUGACAACCGUAGGAGUAUAUACAAACUGGAAAAAGAGGAGAGCAUUCCUGAUGGGAUGUGCAUUGAUACAGAAGGCAAACUCUGGGUAGCUUGUUAUGAUGGUGGGAGGGUGAUUCGUCUUGAUCCUGAGACAGGAAAAAGACUCCAGACAGUGAAACUUCCUGUCGACAAGACAACUUCCUGCUGUUUCGGAGGAAAGGAUUAUUCGGAAAUGUAUGUGACUUCUGCCAGUGAUGGGAUGGAUAAAGAGUGGCUUUCACGGCAGCCACAGGCUGGUGGGGUUUUCAAGAUAACAGGGCUAGGGGUGAAAGGAGUCCCACCGUAUCCAUUUGCAGGUUAAAUAUACACCUGGAUAUCCACAUAAUGGAUGGAGGAGGACUGAUGUAAACAAGGCAAGUGGGAAGGUCUUCGUCUGGUAUUCAGCAUCUUCUGCUUUGAAACCGCAACACAGUUACAAUAUCUCAUCAGGAAAGGAUGAAAACCUGCUGAAAUACAUGGAAUAUUUUUAAACUG